ACGGUACCUGCUCGCUUCUCUUGGGAAAACUCUGUGAUCUCCCGACGUCGCUUCCUGUUCAUAUACCUUCGUCACUCCUCCCAUAGAGCCGCUAUCGAUCUACUUCUCGCCUGUCGGAAUGUCCUUCGCCGCACGAAACGACGAUUAUAUCCUAGUGGUCCAUCGACGGAGGGCCAAGAUCGUUCCCUUCAUAUCGCAAGAACAACGAGAACAAACGCCAUGACGACCGAAUCGCCUCGUCGAAAGGCUCGUCCUUCUCCCAUCCAAGUCCCGCUCUCUCCCUCUCGAGCGUCUGGUAUUGAAAGACCCAUCGCCACGUCUACGGGGAUCAUCUCGGCUCGCAGGAAGCUCUCCCUGGACCCGGCUCCGUUGACAGGUGCUCCAGGUAUCAUCGGCAGUGAAGCUCGAAGGAAACGCAAUUCGAACAGUCAUCUGCCUCCUCCCAAGUCUGCCGCCGCCAACUUUGCUCAACAGCGAGGUAUCAGUACCGUCACCGUUCGAACCACCUUGCCUCUCAGCCCGCAGGCCGGCAACGAUGCGUCUCCAUCUCCGAAGACUGGAUCCUCGCACGCUGUCUCUGCCGCCUCAGCCAAGUCUGCCGAGGAACGAGGACUUGGCUCGCCUCUCAAGACUUCUGGGUUGAGAACUAGCAGAACCGUCGAGGUGGAUUAUCUCCGUAACGAGAUGGAAAAGGCGAUGAGGAUGGCUGGUGCCGAGACUACCGAACCUGAUGCCGAAGUCAGGAAAGACAUCAUCCUCUGCAAGUUCUACCAUACACCCGGUUUGACAUGCACCUCUCGACCUUGCCGUUUCGUCCACGAGUUCGACCCAAGCUCGCCCAUCCCCACUCCUCAAACGGCCUCGUUCGCAAAGGCCAUCGGCGGAUCCACCGACGUGGUUGAACUGGUAGAACAGUUUCCCAUGAGUGGGGGAGGAUCCGGACCGGGCUCGAAGCACAGCAAGGAAAAGUACCGCACCGUCAAAUGCCGCGACUGGGAGGCCAAGGGCGAAUGUCCUUAUGGCGAGUUUUGCUCGUUCUUGCACGACGUCAAGCCUGCACCUGCGGAAGAUGGAGAGAACAAGUCGAGCCUCAAGCUUGCGGAAAGACCAGGAUUGACUACGGAAAACUCCUCUACCUCGCUUAACGGAUCUCGCCCGAAAUCAUUCAACGGGUCCAACAUCAUCGUCCCCGACCUUCGUUGGACCCGUGACGAUGGUCUUACGGUCAGCAACCCCGCCACAGGUACCAAACCCGACUUCCGAGAUAUCGCUGGCAAGCUCGUAGAGACCAUCUCCGAGUCUCUUUCUACCAAGCUUGAAGGGUUGAGGGUCUCCGAUGAAGCACCUUCCCCGGCUACGCAAUACGCUUCGAUCCCACCAAGGUCGGCCUGGCAGCUCGGUCCGCCCCGUAUGCUGGCUCCCAACAGCGCCGUCCAGGGCGUUUCGCCCGACCUGCCGAUCUCUGCGUAUACCUUUUCCACCGACUCGCCUGGUACCCCGUAUCACCACGUCGAUGACGAUGCCGAGGAAGCGGAAGCCAGGGCGAGCGACUCGGAUGGACCGGAAGAAGCGGUCGAACCGUCUCGUCCUGAACAGCCCACCGAUCACAUCCGCAUCCACGAACCUUCGAACGAUGCGGUCCGUACGGAUUACGCCAACGAGCCUCACCUCGUCCUCCCGCCUUAUAUCCAACCCGUCCAUGACUUUGGCGCUUACCCCUGGCCCAUCGAACGUCUCUACCCGCAAGCUGUGAGCGCGACUUGGGACGCCAUCCUCAAGGACCCGAGCAAGGUCGGCCCGCAAGGCAAGGAUUUGGAACAAGAAGCCAGAAAGCUCGUCGCGCAGAAGCUGGCUAGGAUGGUCAAGGGUGGAAAGUUGCCGCCGCAAGAGGUUCAGGCCAAGAUGAACUACCGGACCAAACCGUGCAAGUUUUACGCUUCGGGCGACUGCCCCAGGGGCGAUUCAUGCUCAUACCUGCACGAUCCGUCCAACAAGGGUCUCCCUGCGCCCGAACCUAAAGACGAAAAGUCGGUCAAUAAAUUGCCUUGCAAAUUUUUCAACACGAGCGAAGGAUGCAGAGCUCAGGCUUGCCCGUUCUUACACAUUCGAGUUGUACCCUUCGGGGCACCGUUAGCGGUCCGGCCUAGACCCUGGAGGACUCGGCCUUGUCGUCACUUCCAAACCGGUACAUGCGUCGCCGGCGAUCAAUGUCACUUCGCCCAUUACAUGGAAGAUAAGCCGGCUCAGCCCAAGAAGACGUGUGCGUUUUGGGCUACCGAGGCAGGAUGUAAAUUAGAGGAGAAGUGCAAGUUCGAACACGCUCAGGUCGGCUUGUAAUAUUGCCCUAUGUGAUUUAGAAUCAAUACGGUCUGACCGCGAUUGACUACGGUGGGGCAUGUGGGACAUAGAACCUGGCGGCGUACGCUCAUUGUUGUACAAUACACUCGGAUCCGUCGGCGUCUAUUCAUUGAGGAUCCAGUACUG